AUUCAAAGACUAAAAGUUGGCACACUGUCAAUGUUCGACGCCCAGACCACUCAAUCAAAUUAGAAACAACUGAUGGUGGCCAAGAGAUAUUAUUACCAAAUGAACGAUUUAUUGCAAACUUUGAAUCAUUUUGUCAGCAAUUAGAAAAUUUGGAAAUAUUUCACUUGCAUGAUGUUGAAGCGGUUGAAGAAAUGAAUGAGAUUGGACAGGGUGAGAAACGUCAACAAGACAAAAUUCAAGAUGAAAAGGCGAAGAAAGUUCAAAACUUGAUGACAUUCAAUUGGCAACAAAAUGAAAAAAAGUCAACAGAUAAUUUAAAUACCGAUAUUGAAUCUAUUGAGGAUGAUAUCAAACCAACAUAUACU